AUGGCUGUGGAACUCUGUCUGCUGCUGCUGCUGCUGUUUUGUGGAAGUACUGUUUCAGAGGUUCAGCCUAUAUACAAACCGCCUCCCGGGACUUUGGAUUUUGGAUUUGUACCUGCCAAGACGUAUGAUACAGGUGCAUACCACGAACCCGGGCCAAUAGGAAUUUUGUUUAAAAUAGUCCAUGCUUUCCUGUAUUUAGUACAGCCCAAUCCUUUUCCUCAAGAUCUCAUCAGAAAAGUAGCACAGCAGAAGUUUGGGAAUACACAGGGCGAUUAUCAAAAGCCAGAAAAUGUUGUCCUGACUCUCCAGGCCAUCUACUAUGAAAUCGGUUUUAUAGUCUCCGCAGCCUUGGGAUUGCUAUUUAUUUUGUUACUGCCUCUUGUGGGACUUUGCUUCUGUAUGUGUCGUUGCUGUGACAACUGUGGUGGGGAAAUGCAUCAAAGACAGAAGAAAAAUGCUGACUGUCAGAGGAGCUGUUUUGCAACAUUUCUUUUUGUUGCUUCUUUAAUAAUAAGCAUUGGAGUACUUUGUGCAUAUGCCGCCAACCAACACUUAACUAGUCAAGUCCGAGGAGCAAAGAAACUGGUUAACAGUAAUUUUAAAGAUCUGAAAGUUUUCCUUAACGACACUCCAGCGCAAAUUGACUACUUGGUGAGCCAGUACAACACAACCAAGGAUAAAGCACUCUCUGACCUAAACAAUGUUGGACCUUUGCUCGGUAGCAGAGUUCAAGAACAGCUGGGGAAAGAAGUGCGUCCCGCACUUGAUGCGGCUUUGACAAUGGCAGGAGCAAUAAGAGAAACGAAGGAGGCACUGGAAAAUGUGAGCGUCUCUGUUGAGGUUUUGCAGGAAGGCACUGAGAGGCUUCAUGCAAAUUUGACAGACGUUAAAAUGCACCUGAGCAACACCCUCAAUGAUUCUGCAUGCUCUGCAGCACAGGCUGCCUCAACUUGCAAUAUCAUCAGGAAUUCAUUAAAUCAACUGAACAUUAAUGCCAAUUUUAGUGGGUUGCCGGGGGUGAGCUCACAGCUAGCCAAGGUCAACGAUGUCCUUAAAAUAGACCUUUCUAGUCUGGUUCAGAAGGGUUAUGCAGCAUUUAAUGAUACUCCAGACUUAGUGGUGAACCAAACUAAGAACAUCUUAUCAGCUGUUCCUUAUAUCAAAAAUGUGCUGGAAUCCAUUGGUUCAAAUAUCAGCAGCUUCACAAAAACUCUCCCUGUUCAGAAGAUUUUAGCAGAUUUGACAAUAUAUCUUACACAGAGUGAAGCAUAUGUUCAAGAUUACUUUCCAGUAGUGGAGCAGUACGAUUUUUACAGGUGGCUGGGUUGUCUCAUUCUCUGCUGCAUGGUGGUCUUGAUUGUGGUCUUCUACUAUCUUGGAUUGCUAUGUGGAACCUGUGGUUAUGAUAAACACGCUUCUCCAACAACCAGGGGCUGCAUUUCCAACACUGGAGGAAACUUUCUUAUGGCUGGCGUCGGAUUCAGCUUUCUUUUCUCCUGGGUGCUGAUGAUUGUAGUGGUGCUCACUUUUGUCACGGGUGGAAAUGUAGAAAAACUGGUCUGUGAGCCCUUUGAAGAUAAAACUUUAUUCAAGGUUUUGGAUACUCCCUACUUACUAAAUCAGCACUGGAAAAACUAUCUUUCUGGCAUGCUCUUUAAAAAUCCAAAUAUUAAUUUGACUUUUGAAAAAGUGUACAGUGAUUGCAAGGAAAACAAAGGAAUUUAUACUUCCCUUCACCUAGAGCACCUGUUCAAUAUCAAUGAAUUUCUAAAUAUCAGUAUGUAUACAGAAGAUGUAGCACUUCGAAUUGAACAUAUUCAGAUAAAUCUCAGCAAAAUCAUUCUGCUGGAUGAAAUAGGGAAGGAGAAUCUUCUGAAUUUCAGCUCUUCGGGAAUAGAUGGGAUAAACUUUGGAGCAUAUUUAACAGAGAUCAAUAAAAGUGUAACCAAGGUUGAUCUUCUGUCAUUUGCUAAUGACUUAGAAGCAAGAGCAGACCAGCUGCCAAAAGGAGCACUGGAAAAUGCCUUAAAAGGACAUGCAAACAAUAUUCGGAUGAUUCAUAACCAGCAAGUUGUUCCACUAGAGCAAGCUAUGAGCACUUUAAAUCAGAGCAUUAGGCUUCUGAAGAGGACAUCAUCUGAACUUAUGGUUAAGGUGAAAAAUGUCAUUAGCGCUGUUAAUGCUGCCCAGCUUCUCAUAAACAACAAUGCUUCUCUAGUUAUUGUCCAGGAAACAAAAAAGUACAUGGACACCAUAGUUGGCUACUUCGAGCAAUACAUUGAUUGGGUGAAAGAGUCGAUUGCCAUGGAGGUAGCAGCAUGCAAGCCUAUUGCCAAUGUGAUAGAUACAGCAGUAGAUAUAUUUUUAUGCAGCUAUGUAACUGAUUCUGUGAAUACCUUCUGGUUUGGUUUGGGAGGCUCUUCAAUAUUUUUAAUUCCUGCCAUAAUUUUUGCUGUAAAACUCUCCAAAUACUAUCGUAGAAUGGAUACAGAGGAUGUGUAUGAUGAUACAGAAAAUGGUAAUAAUGGUUAUCAUAAAGAGCAUUUAUAUGGUAUACACAAUCCUGUUAUUACAAGCUCUGUGGAACAGUGGUAA